CUGGUCAAGCAUGGACACUGUCCUGGACGGCUUGGCUCUGACCGGUUUGGCCAUUGCGGCCUUUGUGCUGCUCACUGGUUGUGCCAACAUGAUCCUCAUGGCUGCUCUCUGGAUGGUCUACCUCUCGCUGAUCAAUGUGGGGCAGAUCUGGAUGGGAAUCUCAGCUUCUGGAAACGGGGUUUUUAGGGAUCUUCCUCUGCCCUUUAUGGACGCUUUCCCCGUUGCCGAAAAGCACCCCUCCGUCCCGCAUAGUCAUCUGGGCUUAUCGGUGGCUUAUUUUCAGAAUCAUGCUUGGAGCAGGUUUGAUUAAAAUCCGAGGCGAUCGCUGCUGGAGAGAUCUGACGUGCAUGAACUACCAUUAUGAGACCCAGCCUGUACCCAACCCUAUCGCUUACUACAUGCACCGGUCUCCGGUGUGGUUCCACCAGUUUGAGAUGCUCUUCAACCACUUCAUUGAGCUGGUUGUGCCCUUCUUGCUGUUCUUGGGACGGCGCAUGUGCAUCGUUCAUGGAGUCCUGCAGAUUCUCUUCCAGGUUCUCCUCAUCAUCAGUGGGAACCUGAGCUUCCUCAACUGGUUGACCAUUGUGCCCAGCAUCGCCUGUUUUGAUGACGCCUCCUUGGCCUUCCUUUUCAGCUCCAAGAAAGGAGGCACAAAGGACCAAGUCCAGGAGAUGCAAGCAGCAGGGAAAACAUCGACUUUGCAAUAUAGCAGCUACAUCCGCAAAGUCGUGAACAUAUCCUUUGGGCUCCUGAUCACCUUCCUCAGCAUCCCGGUGGUUGUCAAUUUGCUGAGCUCCCAGCAAGUCAUGAACACUUCCUUCAAUCCUCUCAGGAUAGUCAACACCUAUGGAGCAUUUGGAAGCAUCACUAAAGAAAGGACAGAGGUUAUAAUUCAAGGGACAUCUAGCGUGGAUCCCAAUGACCCUGCUGCAGUUUGGGAAGAGUACGAAUUUAAGUGCAAACCUGGGGACCUGCGUCGGAGACCCUGCCUGAUCAGUCCAUACCACUAUCGCCUGGAUUGGCUGAUGUGGUUCGCUGCAUUUCAGACCUACGAACAGAAUGAAUGGAUAAUCCACUUAGCUGGGAAACUUUUGGCCAGCGAUAAAGAAGUUCUGUCUCUAAUGGCAUCCAACCCCUUUGAAGGGAAGACACCACCAAGGUGGGUCCGAGGUGAGCAUUUCAGGUACAAGUUUAGCCGGCCAGGAGGGAACCAUGCAAAAGAUGGGAAGUGGUGGAUCCGGAAGAGCAUUGGCCCCUAUUUCCCACCAGUCAAUCUGAAGGGAUUGAAGAAGUUUUAUAAGGCUCGAAACUGGCCGCUCCCGACGCAGAACUGAUGACGGGACAAAGGUCGACACAAAUCAUGUCCAAGGACUGUUGACUGCCUUGCUUUGGACUAUUUUCCCUUUUAUAUCCCUUCGUUGGUUCAUAAUUUUUACACUAAAGUGCACAAGAUGGUUUACAUGGAACGCAUUGCUGCCCAUCGUGUUGAGUUGGAUGUAUGGGCUUGGAUUUAUAAGGUUUUGUUUAUGAGUUCUAAGAAGAGGUUCACCUUGAAAAGGGGUUUCACAUGAUCUAAUAAUGAUGAUAAUACUUUAUUACCCUUCUUGGUUAGGGAUUAGAGAGGCGGAAAAUAUUUUCAAAAUUGCCGCCCAGACAGUGUUUAGAAAUCUUGCUUGCAGUGCGGACAUGUUCUAUGGAUAAUUCCUACAUGUUUGUUUUGUGCAGAAAACAGAAAAAAUGUUCACCGAACAAAAUUCUGUUAGAAAAUGCGGACUCCUCUGCAGAAAGUGCUGUUUUUUGCACAAAAUUUUGCACCCAAUAAAUCUUGAACUGCAAAUACUCUUUAAAAAUCAAAGAGUCUUUGAAACUUUCCAAUAGCUUUAUGUAAAUAGUUUUCCAAAAUUGUACCCUCUGUCUGCCAGAAAUCCAAAGCAAAAACUAAUAAAGUGGCAUGACAGCCAUGUUUAAAUA